AUGAGUUCCUCAGAGGGUGAGAACUUCGAUUUUGACAACAUUAGCGACGGAUCGGACAGCGAGGGCUACGCGCCAGCUCCUAAAGCUACCAAGUCCAAGUCAGCACCCAGGUCGAAGGCAACAACAACUAAAGCCAAACCCGCCGCGACAAAGUCUGCAAAGGGAAAGGCUAAGCAAGUACUCGUCGACCACGAUGACAAUGCGGAGGACAGUGCUAUGGACGUGGAUGCAGGACUAGGAGAGUCAGAGGACGACGUACCCCCGUUGCCUGGCCAGAACAAGGGUCCUUUAAAGAAGAAGACCGCGUCCGAGACGUACCAGAAGCUAUCGCAACUAGAGCACAUUCUCAAACGCCCGGAUUCCUACAUUGGGAGCAUCGAAACGAUUACACAGGCCAUGUGGAUAUUCGAUGCCGACGCGAAGCGUAUGGUACACCGCGAGGUCAAAUAUGUGCCGGGCUUCUUCAAGAUCGUUGACGAGAUUCUGGUGAAUGCUGCAGAUAACAAGGUCAAUGACCCGACCAUGGACUCGCUCAAGGUCACGAUCGACAUCGAGAAUUGUACGAUCUCGGUUUACAACAAUGGGAAGGGGAUACCUGUGGAAAUGCACACCACGGAGAAGAUGUACAUCCCUGAACUCAUAUUCGGCCACCUCCUAUCCUCGUCAAAUUAUGACGACGACGAGAAGAAACUGACCGGUGGCAGAAAUGGCUACGGUGCUAAGCUCGCUAACAUUUACUCACUCGAAUUCACAAUCGAGACGGCGGACAAGGUGAAUGGGAAGAAGUACUCUCAGACUUGGACGAAGAACAUGACGCAAGUGGGGAAGGCGAAAAUCACGAAAAACUCGCGCAACGAGGAAUAUACGAGAGUGACGUUCAAGCCGGAACUGACUCGGUUCGGAAUGACGCACAUUGACCCCGACACUGCUGGGCUGCUGAGGAAGCGCGUGUACGAUAUGGCCGGCACCGUCAAAGAUGUCAAAGUUUAUCUAAACGACGAACGACUGAAAAUCAAGACUUUCAAACAAUACGUCGAGAUGUACAUAGAAGCCGCAACCGCCGGUGCUAAGGAGAACUCUGGGGGCGCCGCGCAGGCAAAGCCCACCGUCAUCUACGAGCAAAUCAGCCCGCGCUGGGAAGUCGCUUUCGCUACGUCCGACGGUACUUUCCAACAAGUCUCCUUUGCCAACUCGAUUUCGACUAUAAAGGGCGGAACGCAUGUCAACUACAUUGCGGACCAACUUUCAAAGAGCAUCAUCGCCCACAUAGCCAAGAAGAACAAGGCAGCGACCGUUAAGCCCGCCCAGGUCAAGAAUCAUAUGUGGAUUUUCGUGAAUGCCUUGAUCGAGAAUCCGACGUUCGACAGUCAGACGAAAGAGACCUUGACCCUCCCUGCGGGGAAGUUCGGUUCCAGACCUGCCCUUUCGGAAGAGUUCAUGAAGAAAGUUCAAAAGUCGUCUAUCAUCGAUCAGGUCCUGAACUGGGCCAAAUUCAAGGCUGACCAGCAGAUCAAAAAGACUGAUGGUUCGAAGCGCAACAGGUUGACUGGUAUGGCCAAGCUCUCCGACGCCAACAACGCCGGCACCAAGAAUGCAGAGAAGUGCACUCUCAUCCUCACCGAAGGUGACUCCGCCAAAUCCCUGGCAGUCGCUGGUUUGGCCGUUGUCGGUCGCGACAACUUUGGCGUCUUCCCUCUUCGAGGUAAACUACUCAAUGUGCGUGAGGCGAGGCACGACCAGAUCAUGAAGAACGAGGAGAUCCAAAAUAUCAAGAAGAUCAUGGGUCUACAACACAACAAGGAGUACACCAACGUCUCCAGCCUGAGAUACGGUCGAUUGAUGAUCAUGACGGAUCAGGAUCAUGAUGGUUCUCACAUCAAAGGACUUCUCAUAAACUUCCUAGAUCACUUCUACCCAUCACUACUGAAAGUCCCUGAAUUCCUCGUCGAGUUUGUGACGCCCAUCGUUCGGGUUACGAAAGGUAAUCAACGCAAGAACUUCUUUACGAUACCUGAGUAUGAGACGUGGUUGGAAGAAACGCCCGACUCAAAGAAAUGGACGGCGAAGUAUUACAAGGGGUUGGGGACAAGCAGCGACGCAGAUGCUCGAGAGUACUUCAGUCAGAUGGGCAAACAUAUGAUACCAUUUGCCACUAUGGAGGACGAGGAACGCGCCCUUAUCGACCUCGCCUUCAGCAAGAAGAAGGCGGAUGAUCGUAAGGAAUGGCUAAGACAGUUCAAGCCCGGAACGUAUCUAGACCAUAACAUCGACGAAAUCCCCUUCACCGACUUCAUUAACAAGGAGCUUAUUUUAUUCUCCAUGGCGGAUAAUAUUCGGUCCAUUCCUUCCGUCGCGGAUGGCUUGAAACCUGGUCAGCGAAAGGUCAUCUGGGGGUGCUUCAAGCGCAAGCUCAAGAAGGAAAUCAAGGUUGCCCAACUCGUCGGUUAUAUCUCUGAGCAUGCCGCCUACCAUCACGGUGAAAUGAGUUUGUCUGCGACGAUCGUUAACCUUGCCCAGAACUACGUGGGAAGCAACAACAUCAAUCUCUUGUCCCCCAAUGGUCAAUAUGGUACCCGUGAUCAAGGCGGAAAAGAUCACGCUUCUCCUCGUUACAUCUACACGGAAAUUGCACCUUUGACUAGAUUAUUAUGCCACCCGUCGGAUGAUCCCCUUCUCAAACGGCAAACGGACGACAACUUGCUCGUUGAGCCCGAGUGGUACUUGCCCAUCAUUCCGAUGGUGCUGGUCAACGGUGCUGAAGGUAUCGGUACUGGUUGGAGUACCACCAUCCCUUGCUACAAUCCGGUGGACAUCGUCGCAAACAUACGUCGGUUGAUGAAUGGUGAAGAAGUCGUCCCUAUGCUUCCAUGGUGGCGCGGUUUCAAGGGUGAAGUCAAAAUGGUCGCCAAACACAAAUAUGAUGUUACCGGGAUCGCCAAGAAGCUGAACGACACGACCGUCGAGAUCACAGAGCUUCCCAUAUACAAAUGGACGCAAAACUUCAAAGCGGAGCUCGAGGGUAUGAUCGGCGAAAAGGGAGAUGGUGUUGUGAAAGACUACAAAGAGUACCACGAUAACCUCAAUGUACACUAUGUCGUCACCAUGCCCGCUAAAGAACUGGAGAAGGCCGAGCAACAAGGACUGAUAGAGUUCUUCAAGCUGACCACGAAGAUCAACACGAGCAAUAUGAUGUGCUUUGAUUUCGAUGGGAAGAUGAAGAAGUAUGACAGUCCAGAGGAGAUUCUUGAAGAAUUCUAUCCCGUGCGGCUGGCGUACUAUCAGAAGCGAAAGGACUUUCUGGCCAACGAACUCCAGACUGUCUUUGAACGUCUCAGCAACCAGGCUCGUUUCAUUCAAAUGAUUGUCGAUAAACAGCUAUCUGUUUCCAAUCGUAAGAAGGCGGACAUCAUUCAGGACCUACGGAAGCACCAAUUUCGCCCUUUCCCCAAGAUCUCCAAAGCUAAGGCUGCAGGUGAGCUCGAGGAAGUUGUCGAUGGUGCCGACGAACCUGCGGAAGAAGAGGAAGAAAUGGGUUCUGGAGACUCGGCCACUGACUUCGAUUACCUUCUUGGCAUGGCCAUCUACAGUCUCACGAAAGAGAAGAUAGGGAAAUUGCGGCAACAAGCCAAUGAGAAGGAGCUUGAGCUGAUGGCCUUGCUAGAGAAGAAGCCGAGCGAGAUGUGGAACGAGGACUUGGAUCGCUUCCUUGAAGAAUGGCAUUCAUCCUACAAUGAAUGGUUAUCUCAGGCGACAAAGGAUGCGUCCGGCAAGACGAUCAAGAAACGGCAGGCCGUUUUGGAGACGCGAAAGUCUAUAACUGGUUUCUUCCGCCGCAAGGGGCAGUCUGACGACGAUGACGACUUCAAGCCUACGAAAGCUGCUGCGAAGAAGAAAGCGGCCGCUGAGGCGAAGAAACCGGAGGCCAAGAAGAAAGUGGUAAAGAAGAGCGAGAGCGACGACGACGACGAUCUACCACCAGCCGCGACGAAACCGACGAAGCGAAAACCUGCAUCGAAAGCCAUCAAAGACGAGGCUAGCGAUGACGAUGGCGACGUUCCUAUGGCGAAGCCAACAAAGCGCGCCCCGGCCAGAAAACCGGCCAAAGUUGCUAGCCUUCCUGAAUCAGACGAAGACGAACCCGUACCAAAAACAACCGCCAGAAAGGCGUCAAGUUCGUCCAAGAAGGCAACCAAGGUUGAGUCUGACGACGAGUCUGAUUUCGAGAUCAUCGAGCGAGAAGCUCCCAAACCAACAGCUAAGAGCCUCCCAGUUUCUGAUGACGACAGCGGGACAGGCAAGGGUAAAGGUAAAGCGAAAACCAAGCGCAAAAGCCUCGACGACGACGAAAGCAACGACGAUGAGAAGCCCGUAAAGAAGAAGAAACUGACUCCUCCUAAACAGAAAUCGGUCGCAGACUUCUUCAACGGCCCGCCUGGUCCUUCUGGUGCGACGAAGAAAGUUCCGGAGAAGAGGAAGAUAUCUCAGAGUAUGAAACCUGCCUCGCCUCCCAAGCCAAAGCCAAAGCCAGCAGCCCGCCGCGUGGUCGAUGAUGAUGACGAUGAUGAUGACGAUAAAGAGUUUGAUGAUAUUCCGAAACCCCCUGCACGAGGCCCGCGAGGCGCUAGAGCGGCUGCAGCGAAACCGGCGUACAUUGAGAUUGGUUCUGACGAAGAUGACGGUGCUGGCGACGACUCUCUUUUCGUUGACGAUGAUUAG